GUGCGCUGACCUCCGAUCUGUGAUGUUUGUAAGCUCUCUGCUGGCCCGUGGCCCGGUUAUGUGAGCGAAUCACUGGACUAGAAUAAAGACACUGAAGAGAGCAAAGCCUAAACCCGCCUCCCCCGAAGCUCCCAUUUUCCCCAGUCUUUCCAAACUCUCGCCGGCUCCAGGUUCACAUCCACACCCGCGCCCGCGCUCACUCAUUCCCGGCAUGAACUCCCCGUGGACCCGCGUGCUGGUGCUCGUUUUUCGGCUUUUAUUGACAGUGGAUUCAAUCUAUCAAACAGGUCCAGGAGAAAGUGAUGAAGUUGACUACAAGGACCCGUGCAAAGCUGUUGCUUUUUUAGGGGACAUCGCCUUGGAUGAGGAGGACCUGCGCUUUCUUAAAGCCAACUAUGUGCACGCUACAGAAAAUGAGCCUUCGGGAAUCUCUAAAGCUGAUUCAGUAAACAGAUCCUCAGCUAAUAGAAAUGCAAAGGACGAGCCAGCGUUGGCUAAUCAAAGCCUCUUACGCAGAAGGAGAGCAGCCACUGCUAGACCUGAGAGAGUUUGGCCCAAUGGCAUAAUACCCUACAUUAUUAGUGGCAACUUUAGUGGCAGCCAGCGAGCCAUUUUCAAGCAAGCCAUGCGUCACUGGGAGAAGCACACUUGCGUGACCUUUGUGGAGAGAAGUGUGGAGGAGAGCUACAUCGUCUUUACCCUCCGCCCAUGUGGGUGCUGUUCGUUUGUUGGCCGGAGAGGUGGAGGUCCACAGGCCAUAUCUAUCGGGAAAAACUGUGACAAAUUUGGCAUUGUGGUGCAUGAGCUCGGACAUGUCAUUGGAUUCUGGCACGAACACACACGACCCGACCGGGAUGAACAUGUUGAUAUAUUUAGAGAAAACAUCCAGCCAGGUCAGGAGUACAAUUUCAUAAAGAUGGAGCCAGAUGAUGUGGACUCGCUCGGGGAGGUGUACGAUUUCGACAGCAUCAUGCAUUACGCCAGAAACACCUUUUCCAGGGGCAUUUAUCUUGAUACCAUGCUGCCGAAGUAUGACGUUGAUGGAGUGCGGCCCCCCAUCGGCCAGCGGACGAGACUGAGUAAAGGAGACAUCGCUCAAGCCAGAAAAUUAUACCGAUGUCCAAGAUGUGGCGAGAGUCUUCAGGACAGCGCUGGAAACUUCUCCUCCCCUGGGUUCCCCAACGGAUAUGCUGCAUAUCUGCACUGUAUAUGGAGGAUAUCAGUCACACCAGGGGAGAAGAUCGUUCUUAAUUUUACCUCGAUGGAUCUGUACAGAAGUAACCUGUGCUGGUAUGACUAUGUGGAGGUCCGGGACGGAUACUGGAGAAGCGCACCAUUGAAAGCCCGCAUAUGUGGAGAUCAGCUUCCCGAGGCCAUCGUGUCCACAGACAGCGAACUGUGGAUUGAGUUUCGUAGCACCAGUAAUUGGGUGGGGAAAGGCUUCUCUGCCGUCUAUGAAGCGAUUUGUGGAGGCGAAGUGAGACGAGACAGCGGACAGAUCGAGUCUCCCAAUUACCCUGAUGACUAUCGGCCAAAUAAAGCGUGCACAUGGAAGAUUGUGGUACCCGAGGGGUUUCACGUGGGCCUUGUUUUUCAGUCGUUUGAGAUCGAGAAACAUGACAACUGUGCUUAUGACUAUCUGGAAGUGCGAGACGGAGAUUCAGAGAGCAGUCCUCUGCUGGGACGCUUCUGUGGCUACGAAAAGCCGGACGAUUUCAAGAGCAGCUCCAACCAGCUGUGGAUGAAGUUUGUGUCUGACGGCUCUGUGAACAAAGCUGGAUUUGCAGCUAAUUUCUUUAAAGAGAUUGACGAAUGCUCCAGGCCUGAUAAUUCUCACUGUGAGCAGCGCUGCAUCAACACACUUGGCAGCUUCCACUGCGCCUGUGACCCUGGCUUUGAGCUAGCCCCGGACAGACGGAGCUGCGCAGCAGCUGCCUGCGGAGGCUUCAUCUCCAAGCUCAACGGCUCUUUUACCAGUCCCGGAUGGCCGCAGGAAUAUCCACCUAAUAAGAACUGUGUGUGGCAGCUCAUCGCCCCAGUGCAGUACCGCAUCACACUGCUUUUCGAUGCUUUUGAGAUGGAGGGGAAUGAUGUUUGUAAAUAUGAUUAUGUUGAAGUCCACAGUGGUUUGUCGGCUGACGGAAAGCUUCACGGUAAAUUCUGCGGCACAGAGAAACCAGAGGCGAUCACGUCUCAGCUCAACAGCAUGAGUGUUGAAUUCAAAUCAGACAACACCGUCUCCAAGAAAGGCUUCAAAGCGCAGUUCUUUUCUGAUAUGGAUGAGUGUUCGAGGGAGAAUGGAGGUUGUCAGCAUGAGUGUGUGAACACGUUCGGGAGCUACAGCUGUCAGUGCCGCAGCGGAUUCGUGUUGCACAGCAAUAAACACGACUGCAAAGAAGUGGGCUGCGAUCAAGCAAUCACCAGUGUGUCCGGGCUCAUCACAAGCCCAAACUGGCCAGAUAAAUACCCCAGCAAGAAGGCCUGCACAUGGACCCUCUCCACCACCCCAGGACACCGCAUUAAACUGGCUUUCGAGGAGAUUGACAUGGAGGCUCAUCAGGAAUGUGCUUAUGACCACUUGGAGAUUUACGACGGACAAAAUGGCAGAGCGACCAGUGUCGGCCGCUUUUGUGGAAGUAAAAAGCCAUCGCCGGUCAUUUCCAGCGGUAACACCAUGUUCCUGCGGUUCUUCUCGGAUAACUCAGUACAGAAAAGAGGCUUCAAGGCCUCCCAUUCAGCAGAGUGUGGCGGUAGUCUGAAGGCAGAGAUAAAGACCAAGGAUCUGUAUUCUCAUGCUCAGUUUGGUGACAAUAACUAUCCCGGCGCUUCAGACUGUCAGUGGGUGAUCUCAGCAGAGAAAGGCUACGGCGUCGAGCUCAUCUUCCACACUUUUGAGAUUGAGGAGGAAGCUGACUGCGGCUAUGAUUACGUGGAGCUGUUUGAUGGUGGAGAUGUCAAAGCACCCAGGCUGGGACGCUACUGUGGCUCUGGGCCGCCAGAAGAGAUCUACUCUGCCGGCGAUGCCAUCGUCAUCAAAUUUCACUCAGACGACACCAUUAACAAGAAAGGUUUCCACGUUCGCUACACAAGCACCAAGUUCCAGGAUACACUACACACCAGUAAGUGAAGUCUUCAAGAUUUGAGAGCUCAGAAAAAAAAACUGCAGCGGAGGAGCCUGAAGCCUCCCGUGCACCUGUGUUAGUGAUGCCACCCCGGGCCCCUUGUUCUUUCCCCUCCAAAACUGCAAAAAGGAAGUCCUAAUGGAGCCAGACCCUUUCAUAAAGCAAGGAGGACAUGUUUGAUGUAGGGAUAUAUGGCAUUAUUAUUUGCCCUGUCGUACCUCAAAGGAUCCAUUGAAAACACUAAAGGAAAUGGAACAUCAGAUUGGCAGAUAUUAUUAGUAUGAAGAGUAUUGUUGAUUGCAAGUCACGGAGAAAGGAUAAAUUGGAUAGAAAAUGUACUCGAUGCACUUUUGCCUCCCAGAGAUCUCCUACAUUGCUCCAAGGCUAGCAUCUAAAAGACUUUUAGAUUGUUCUUUUAUUAAAUAAUGAAAUGCACAAACCGUAAAGUUCGCCACACGUCUAGGUCAGUGGUAAGUAAUUGAGUUUUGUAUGAAAUAUCAUUCAAUGAUAAUCGCAAAGUUUGUAGUUUUUGGUAAAAAGGCAAUUCUAGCACUAUUUCUUACAUGAGAGUUGGACAUUAUUAUUAUUCAGACUGCUAGACUUUAAAUUAUGUGACAUGAAACUAUCCACCUGAAGCAGUGAAAUGUUAAUGUGACUA